AUGGCUGAGAACUUUGGAUCCACAACUUAUGACUACAAGUUGGCCGAACCAUGUGAAAAAGUCAACAUCAAAGAUCUGGGGGCCAAGCUGCUGCCCCCACUGUACUCCCUGGUGUUUGUGGUGGGUUUGCUGGGCAAUGUAGUUGUGGUGGUGAUCCUGACAAAAUACAGGAGACUUAGGAUUAUGACCAAUAUCUUCCUGCUAAAUUUGGCCAUUUCUGACUUGCUCUUUCUAUUCACUCUGCUUUUUGGGAUUCACUAUGUUAGAUGGAAUGAGUGGGUUUUUGGUCAUCAUAUGUGUAAACUCCUUUCGGGGCUUUAUUACAUGGGUUUGUAUAGUGAAAUCUUUUUUAUCAUCUUGCUGACUGUAGACAGGUACUUGGCCAUUGUCCAUGCAGUGUUUGCCCUUCAGGCCCGAACAGUCACUUUUGGUAUCAUAAGCAGUGUAUCCACCUGGUGCCUGGCUGGGCUAGCAGCCCUCCCUGAAUUUAUAUUCCACAAAUCUCAAGACGAUUUUGGACAAUCUGUCUGCAGCCCUGAUUACCCAAAGGAUGAAGAAGAUUCUUGGAAGCGUUUCCACGCUCUGAGAAUGAAUGUCUUUGGUCUUGCUCUGCCAGUGCUAGUCAUGGUUUUCUGCUACGCAGGAAUCAUUAAAACCCUACUGAGAUGCCCUGGAAAAAAGAAGUACAAGGCCAUCCGGCUCAUUUUUGUCAUCAUGGUGGUCUUUUUUAUUUUCUGGACACCCUACAACCUAGUUCUUCUGCUCUCUGCUUACCAAUCUGUCUUCUUUGAAGACAGCUGUGAACGAAGCAAACAACUGGACUUGGCCAUGCAGGUAACCGAAGUGAUUGCCUAUACACACUGCUGUGUCAACCCUGUGAUCUAUGCCUUUGUGGGUGAGAGGUUCCGGAAGUACCUUCGCCACUUUUUCUACAGGCACAUCGCGAUCUACCUAGGAAAAUACCUCCCCUUCCUUCCUAGUGAGAAACUAGAAAGAGCCAGCUCUAUAUCGCCAUCCACAGGGGACCAGGAACUCUCUGCUGCCUUUUAG